AUGCAGUCAAUCAACCAUCAUCACCACCAUCUUCACCACCACCCCAGUGGUAUGUCAAUUCCAUAUCAAGAGAGAAGCUUGCUGAGUUCAAUCAGUUUGUCCAAACUCUUCCAGCCAGCAUGUCCUUCCAACAAGCUUGGUGCCACUACCCAUUCACCACCUUCUUCCACAACUGCAAGAGAGACACCUGAGGAUAUCAAGGAGCUUUUUGAGAAAGCUAAAGUUCAGCCAACCUUCAAGACCCUCUACAAGAUUGAAGACCCAGGUCAAUUCUCUAUUCCCUGUCAAGUAAAUGGUCAUUACUUUGAUAGAACACUAUGCGAUUCUGGCUCUUGCAUAAACCUCAUGCCAACCCAAACCGCCAAACUCCUUGGCAUCACACGCUUGCAACCUGCUCAAAUUAGUAUUGGACUUGCUAACCAUACUAUAGCCAAGCCAAGAGGAGUUGUUAUUGAUGUUCUUCUAGAGAUUGGAGAUAUCAAGAUCCCGGUGGACUUUCAUGUCAUGAACAUCAAGGAGGAUGUGACACACCAUUGA